AUGAAACUUCAAACUUUCCUCUCGCUUCUUUCUCUCGGCUCGCUUUGUGCGGCCGCUCCUGCUCCGGCUCCGGUAGCCGCUGCUCCACAGGUUGAUGAUCUCGACAAACGUGGUGUCCAGGUUGUCAAAGUCUACAAGACCAUCGAUAACACCAUCACAUCCACCAACGUGGUGGAGGGCACCAUGUCGACCAUCACCAACACUCAAAUUGCAACUGUGACUGUGACAACAACGAGAUACACUUCCACAUACACUGUGACCAUCUUCGGUAACCCAUACACUUAUAUUAGUGUAUUGGAGAGUGCAUUGACGGUACCAGCUACUACGACGUCGUCAACUUCCACGCCAUCUACCUCGUCAACUUCUUCGACGUCUUCGUCGACUUCUACGACGUCUUCGUCUUCUACAUCUACGACUUCUGUGAUAUCCAAUUCCAAGGCUGCAACUCCUGCAACCAUUUCGUCCAGCGUACCUCAGGCUACUUCGACCACUCAGGCUACAACUUCUGUUGUUCAGAACACUUCUACUACUUCCACCACUUCCUCAAGCAUUACUCAAGCUCCAACGACGCCUCUGUCUUCACAGAAGGUGACUACGGAAACAGCAGACAAUGAAGAUGAUGAUGAAGAUGAUUAUGAAGGUUCAUUGUCUGGCAGCUGGAUCCUUGAAGGCUCACUGACACUGAUUGUGUCUGGCGUGUGCUAUGUUGAUUAUGAUUACUACUUGACCGAUUAUACGGAAACGGUGACGUCGACAUCCACAUUGUACUCGACGAUAACUGUCUAG